UGCGCUCGUCGCUCACUGCUCAGUCUUCUGUCCAGACAGUUCAGUGUCGUGUCUGCGAUGUGUGCGGAUGGGUUGUCGUCGUCCGUUGCUGAUCGCACGGGUUGUGCAUCGACUGUUAUCGUUUUAUUACGCGCGGCAUAGAUCGUCAAUACUAAAACUUUAAAUCGACAUCGGCGACCGUCUCUGACCGUUACAUUAUAACCGUGCAUAACCAUUGCAGUACGCGUGACAUUUAAUUUUCCUACGUCGAGGGCCAUCUUCCAACUGGCUGGUAUAGGUAGCUACUUUAGAAAUCAGGAAAAAAGAAUUAAUGUUUGGAAGUUUGGAAGACAAGAAUUUGUAGUAUUAUAAGGUCUUUACUACAUAUUGUUUGAUUUAUUGUCUGAUUAUAUAAAAUGAUUGACUGGUAUGUGAAAUUAUUAGUAAACCAUCCACGUAAAGUAAUAUCAACUGUGGUGUUAUUAUGCAGUAGUACUAUUCUUAUACCUUAUUUUAUUGGACGCUUACCAGAGUUUUCACAUCCUGAACUAGGUUUUGAAACACGUGGUACUGAAAUAGGUAAUCGUCAAGUUACUUGGGACAAUUUAAUUAAAGCAUUAGAAAAAGGCACAGAGUUGGUAGAUGAUAUUUCAAGAAUACCAACUCAUAUAUUACCAAAACAUUAUAAAGAUAUAGACUUCAGAAAAAAUGAUGUUGUAGUUAAUUUUAAGAAUUUGAAUUCUGAUGUGGAUUCUACAAGUGCGGAUAUAAAAAAAUUCCUACCUCAAACGUCACCAUUAGAUGAUGAAGUAUUUGAAGAAACUGAAAUGAUGACGCAACGAAAUGAUAAGAAAAGACGAAAGAGUAGAUUAGAUUUUUUUUGUUCAAGACCAACGUAUGAUCAUGCUAGAGUGGUGUUCACAUCUAGUGAUGGUGGACAUAUUUUUACAUAUAAAUCUAUCAAGGAUAUGUGUCUUAUACAGGAGCGUUUAGAAAAUUUGGUAGCAUAUAAAGAUGUCUGUGAUGUACAAGACAAUGGGUGUUGUCCUCCGUGGUCUUUGGUUAACUACAUUACAUUGUUAAGAAAACAUAAGUCUUGUUCAGAAAUUACACCAAGAGAUAUUAAUGCAACAAUGACAAUACUUGAAGGUUGUGCUCACUUUUAUCAUGACAAUAAGUUGUUUGAAUGGCAAACAGAUCAUCCAACAAUACCACGACAAUGUGUUCAAUUUAGUGGUGUUUAUAAUUUAAUGCAUUAUCACUUAGAUGUAAAUUUUAUGCCACCACAUGCUCCAACUAAUGUUUUGACAAGUUCAAUGAUGUUUUUACCAUUUGGAAAAGGAUCAGUUGUUCAUGUUUAUGAAGCAAUGAAAGACGCUAAUUUAUCAACACCAUUAGUUAGCAUUUCAGCAAUUGAUUUUGGUAUUAAAGAAAAGCUAUUUGACCUUGAGCUUGUCAGGGAUAUAUAUCUAAUUUUCCUGAGUACCUUUUUCAUUAUGUUAUGUGUAUUAUUUUAUACUUGGUCAAUAAUAAUUACGAUUGUGACUUUCUUGAAUAUACUAUUUUCCUUAUCCGUUUCCUAUUUUAUUUAUACAUUUGUGUUUCAAAUACAUUUUUUUCCAUUCAUGAAUGUUCUUGCCAUAAUUGUGUUAAUUGGAGUCAGUGCAGAUUCAUCGUUCAUUAUGUGUGACGUUUGGAAAGUAAUCAAGAUCAAUGACCAGGCUGGUUCUUUGGUUGAUGUAAUUUCUAAGACAUUAAAACAUUCAUUACUUUCUAUAUCAUUAUCCACAACAACGACAUUUUGUGCUUUUGCAUCAUCAUUUCUCAGUGCUAUUAAUGGAAUUAGUUGUUUUAGUAUUUUUUCAGCUAUGGCAGUUUUUGUGAAUUUGUUAAUCACUGUAAGUUUAUUGCCAUCCUGUAUCGUACUUUUAAGCUCAAAGCACAGGCAUAAUAUUGUGUUGUUUGAAGUCGGAUCAGUUAAUAAAUUACUUUCAAUGGAGCAAAUGUUACGUGGAAUUCAAACUUCUUUUAAUGCAUGGUUAUUAAAAAUUGUGUUUCGCUUUCGAUGGGUGUGGAUAAUAUUUUUUUUUAUCCUGGGUAUUUUAAGUAUAACUAUAAUAUGGAUAUGGCCAGGUAUGAAAUUACCAGAAUCUGUAGAGUUUCAGUUGUUUCGAGAGUCUCAUCCAUUCGAACAAUAUGAUUUGGUAUAUAAAAACCAAUUCUGGUUUGAAAGAAUUUUAAGGAUUGAUAAUAAUCCAGAAAAUCGUGUUCCUCUACGCUUUGUCUGGGGUUUGUUUCCCAAUGAUACAGGUAAUCAUUUGGAUCCAGAAGAUCACGGAAAUUUAGUAUAUGAUCCAAACUUUGAUAUAGCGCAUCCAAAGUCGCAAAGUUGGCUAUUGCAGUUUUGUGCAAAUUUACGCUUACAGCCCUUCUAUCGAGCUGUUGGUGGACCACAAUUGACAAAUUGUUUUAUGGAAACUUUUGUGAAUUGGAUGGGCCAUGCUUGUGUAAAUAAUCUCGAAAAAGAUCGAUGGCCAUGUUGUAAUUCUUUUGAGUUUCCAUACCCGAGAAAUAUAUUUCAUUUCUGUAUUAUGAAAGCCAUGUACAUUGUGUAUAAUACACCAGUUUCCAUAUUUGUUCCUUCUGCAGCUGGACCUAAGUUUUCAAAUCCAUUAUUUCAUCCAGAAAACCAAACACUCAUGCCAAUCAUAAAAGCUGUUGUUGUAGAACUAGAAAGUAAUUUUAUUUUUACUACAUCUUAUACUGAUAUGGAACUCUUUUACAAACAAGUUGAGUCAUGGUCAUCUAAAAUGAUGGAAACUGCUCCGCCGGGCCUCAGAAAUGGUUGGUUUUACAGUCAUCUUGGUUUCUAUGAUCUUCAAAAGACAUUAAUUGAAGACACUAUAAUGUCAGCUUUUAUUGCACUUUUUCUUGCUUUUACCAUAAUGUUCUUUGUAACUACAAGUAUUUCACUAACUAUAAUUACAGUGCUCUCUAUAUUUUUUAUCAUAUGCACUACAAUUGCUGUGUUGGUUUUGAUGGGCUGGCAUCUUAAUGUCUUAGAAUCAAUUGCUACUUCUGUAGCUAUUGGUUUAUCUGUAGAUUUUAGUUUGCAUUAUACUAUUGAGUAUCAGUUGGCUUGUGAAGACUCACCUAGAGCAACAGCUAUUUCAAAAGCAUUGUCUUUAAUGGCUUGUCCAUCAUUAAUGGGUGCAAUCACAACUGGCGCUAGUGGAGCAUUCAUGUUGCCUUCAGAUGUUUUACCGUAUACUCAACUAGGCAUAUUUUUGAUCAUAAUAAUGUUUAUUAGUUGGUUCUACUCAACUUUUUUUCUAGUAUCACUUUUAUCAGUAUUUGGUUCAGAUUAUGAUCAUGGUCCAUAUCCAUAUCGUUGUUGUAAGAAAUUACGAAACAUCAAUGUGAACGAAAGACAUAAAAAUCGUGUAAGACACGCUUCUCCAUUUUCUAAUGUUGCAUCAGAAUCAACUGUAUCAUGUAUAAGCACUGCUAUUGUUAAUCAAUCUACAGCUCAAGAAUUAGAAAAUUUAACUGUUCUCCCAGUAAAAUGUCAACCUUCUAAUACAAAAUCUGUUACUUCGUGCUUAUAUUUGAAUGUUGAUGAUAAUGAUGUGAUAAAAAAAAAUGAAACUAAUGCCAUACAUAUUUAACAUUUUCCAUUAGUUAAGUAUUUUUAUUUGAACAUAGAAAAUACCUACCAAAUUUUAUUAUUUAUUGGGUAUUUAAUAUUAAUAAACUUUUAUAAACUUAUUAUGUUCAUGAAAUGAUUUAGUAAAUACUUACUGUAGUGUUCCGACUAGAGUGAGCAAACAUAGGAAUUGAUUAUUUGUCAUACUUAAAUUAGCAAGGUUAUACCUAUUAGAUGUACACUUACCAGUAUUUCCUCGAUUUUGAAGAACCUUUGUGGUGAUUUACCUAGCCUUGCAGGCUUGGAGGCCACUAUAGGCCUUUAGUUUGGUGACCGGAGCCAUUAGGCGCUAAGAACUAUUAUUGUGAUACUUAAAUUUUAUACUGUAAUAGCAAUUCGAGGGAUACGUUUAUGUGCUCACUAAUACAUAUAUACUAAUACCUGUUGCACAUAAUAUUAAAACAUGUUUUUUUUUCUGCGGAGUUUCAUAACAUACCUAUUGUUUUAAAUGAAAAAUAAAUUAAUAAUUAUAACUAUA